UAAAAUACGGAAAUAAGGAAAAUAUUUACCCCUCUUUCUCAUAGUUUCUAGUCACAACUCAAACUUUCCAGAGAAUUAGGGUUUCUUCCCUUUUCUCCCUAAAAAAUUCACUCUGCUCGACAAACUCAACUUGCUAUUCCUCCGAUUAGGUCAUGGAGGAUAAUGAAGGUGGGGAUGGAGUUGGUGGAGAGCCAAUCGAGCAGUUUCACAGGAAUGAAGCGAUCUCCGCUGUUGCUGAUGAUGGAUUCAUGGUUGAGGAGGAUGACGAUUACGAAGAUCUCUACAAUGAUGUUAAUGUUGGUGAGAAUUUUCUUCAAUCUUUUAGAAAGAAUGAGGAUUUAGUAUCUAGGAAUGAUGAGGUAGAGAGGAAGCCUGAGCAGCCUGCCCUUCCCGCGCCACCACCGGUGGUGGCAGCACCGCAAGUGGUGGAUGAGAGCGGGCGUGGCGAUUUUCAGGGUGUGGGUGGGGAGAGGAAUCCUGUAAAAGAGGAGGAUGUAGUGUCUGGGAUUUCUGCUAGAGCGUCAGUAGGUGCAGCUGUGUCUGGGCCUUCUGCUGGUGGUGGGUUUAGGGUUGAGUUAAGUCACCCGUCAAGUAAGAUGGGUGAUUUAGCAGAACGGAUGGUGAAUAGUAAUGUUCCGCAUCAGGUGAUGGCUCAACAGCCUCAUGCUGGUGGUGUUGCAGUAGCUGCUGGAAAUUUGGGUAAUGUUGGAAAUAUGGGGAAUGAUAAUUUGAUAAGGCAAGGAGGGGUUAAUAUGAACGGGGCGGGUAAUAUUGUUGCUGGAGUUGGGGUCGCUAGUGGUGGAGGAGGAGGUGGUGGUGGCGGUGGUGCGACAAUUCUUUUUGUUGGUGAUCUGCAUUGGUGGACCACAGAUGCUGAGCUGGAAACUGAGUUGAGCAAGUAUGGACACGUGAAGGAGGUGAAAUUUUUUGAAGAAAAAGCUAGUGGGAAGUCUAAAGGAUAUUGCCAGGUUGAGUUUCAUGAUUCCUCAGCUGCCACAGCUUGCAAGGAAGGUAUGAAUGGACACAUGUUCAAUGGGCGGCCAUGUGUGGUUGCCUUUGCAUCAUCACCGUAUAAUGUGAAGAGGAUGGGUGAGGCUCAGGUGAAUCGAAAUCAACAGGUGGCUCAAACUGCUGUUCCCCAAGCAAGGCGGGGGCCUGGUGAAGCUGCUGGUAAAAUUGGAAAUAACAACACUCCUACUGGUGGCAAUUAUCAAGGUGGUGGUGGUGGUGGGGAUGGCAACAGGGGGGGUUAUGGUAGAGGAAGUUGGGGUAGAGGAGGUCCUCAAGCUAUGGGAAAUCGGGGGCCUGUGGGUCCUAUGAGAAACAGGCCUGGUGGGAUUGCAGGAAGGGGUAUGAUGGGUAACGGUGGAGGUGGAUUUGGACAAGGUAUGGGUGGUGCACCUCCUAUUAUGCAUCCUCAAACAAUGAUGGGUCAAGGCUUUGAUCCUGCUUUUGGAGGGCCUAUGGGGAGAAUGGGUGGUUAUGGAGGAUUUCCUGGUGGUCCAGCUCCACCAUUUCCUGGUAUGUUGUCAUCUUUUCCACCUGUUGGAGGAGUUGGGAUGCCUGGAGUAGCUCCACAUGUAAAUCCUGCAUUCUUUGGUAGAGGAAUGCCAAUGAAUGGUAUGGGAAUGAUGCCAGGCGCUGGUAUGGAAGGGCCUAACAUGGGGAUGUGGUCAGAACCUAAUGCGGGUGGAUGGGCUGGUGACGAGCAUGGUGGUAGAGCAGGAGAGUCAAGUUAUGCAGAAGAAGCUGGGUCUGAUCAUCAGUAUGGAGAAACAACUCACGAUAGAGGGGCUUGGCCAAAUAAUGUGAAAGAGAAAGAUAGAGGAUCAGAGCGUGAUUGGUCUGGUUCUACAGAGAGAAAACAUCGAGAAGGCAGAGAACCUUCCUAUGAUAGAGACAUGGCUCGUGAAAAGGAUCGGGGGCAUGACCAGGAUUGGCCAGAGAAAAGAUACCGUGAUGAUAGAGAUGUCGCACGUGACAGAGAGAGGGACCGGGAUCAUGAACGUUCUAGAGAACGAGUGCGCGAUCGUGAGAGGGAUCGAGAUCGUGAUCGUCAUAGGGAUGAUAGAGAUAGAUAUGCUGAUCAUCAUAGGUACAAGGACCGUGAGCAAGAAUAUGAUGAUGAAGACAGAGGAAGAUCAUCAAGGGGACACAGUAAAUCACGAUUAUCACAUGAGGAAGACCAUCGAUCAAGAUCAAGGGAUGCUGAUUAUGGAAAGAGGCGGCGUAUAACUUCUGAGUGAUCUGUGGCCUUGGCUGCUUAUUUUCAAGGGUACUUCACAAUGAGAUCGAUUAGUAGCUAAUCUACUGAGGGUUUGCCGUGUGUAUUCAGGCUUUCUACUGGGAGGCUUCCUUUACUUCCUGCUUUCAUCAAACAGUUGCUCUCUGAAAUGUUCUGUCGCACACAUGUUUAUGCUCUUUUCCUGUUUAAGGAGCACUGGUCUCUCAGCACUAAGAAGAGGAUGUUCUUUGUCUGAAGGGCCUUCUCAAGCAUGAUGUGCUAGUUGGGAGGGGACUACUAUUAUUUAUGUGGAACUUAAAUGUUACCAAAGUUUUCACUGUUUGAUGCUGGUCUUUCAUGGAAAGCGUUCCUUAUGACUUGCUGUGUAAUUCUAUAUGCUAAAGCCGAGGCAUUUUUUGUUUUUUUUGAAUUCUGGUGUAAAGAGAACUAUAUAGAGGAUACUGAAUCACUUAUAGAUUUUUUUUUUUGAUUCCUUGUAAUCUAGAAGAUAUUUUAUGUUUUGUAAAUAUUUGACUGCCAGUACCAUCUUGGUACUGAAGAAUACACUGCUAUCUAAUUAAAAAAAUUAUAACAACAACAACAUAGCCAAUGUCAUCCCACAAGUGGGGUUUGGGAAGGAUUGGAUGUACACAAAUCGUACCCCUACCUUUGUGGGGUAGAGCUGCUGAAAAAAGAUGAUUAUUAGGACCCGUUUGACUAUGAAACUUGUGAGUUUAGAAAAAAGUAGUUUUUGCUUUCAAAGUGAAAAAUGGUAUUUGGAAAUUGGAGUGGUGUUUGGCCAUGAAUACAAAUUGGAGUUGUUUGUGAAUUUGGUGUUUUCAAAUUUGGAUUUUUUUUGGAAUUAAGUUGCAUUCCGGAGCUUUAUGGCCUAACA